UCCUGCACAUGCCCCGAUAGCACAUCUUCCGCAAUGUCACCGACACUCGCCGAGCAAUUCUCACAUUACGUCCUGGAUGGAAUCUGGCAGCUUGGAAACUGCUUCUCCUGUUUCCCGUCAACGCCCUCGCUCAAGAUCAAUGGUCGAUCCUUCAAGAUUCUACGACUACUCGGAGAGGGCGGCUUCAGCUACGUCUACCUUGUACAAUCACCCGGCGACCCGACACUAUACGCCCUCAAGAAGAUCCGAUGUCCAUUCGGAGAGGAAAGCGUGUCACUUGCGCUGAAGGAGGUGGAAGCAUACAGCCUGUUCACACCGCACCCAAACAUCAUCCAUGCAAUCGAUCACAGUGUCGAGACAGACAGGGGAGGAGAUGCAGGAAGCAAAACUGUCUACAUUCUUCUGCCAUACUAUCGGCGCGGAAAUUUACAAGAUGCGAUCAAUGCCAACCUGGUCAAUCGCGCAAGGUUCCCUGAGCGGAGACUGAUGAUCUUGUUCUUGGGUGUAUGCAAAGCUCUGAAAGCAAUGCACCAAUAUCGCGUCAAGGGACCGCCAGGUGGUGAGACCAGCAGGAGGAAAGCAAAGAAAGUCCGCCAACAAGCGGAAGAAGCAGAUCGCGAGGCAGAAGAGGAGGUUCGCGCGAAUCAAGGUCGGCGGAGACAAAUGGACGACGAGGUUGAGGAGGAGCCAUUGAUGAACAGCGAGGUGAUGGCAGCCCAGGAUGGCGUGGCAGCAGGCAAGAUCAGGAGUUAUUGCCACCGGGAUCUGAAGCCUGGAAAUAUCAUGAUCUCCGACGACGGAACACAACCUAUAUUGAUGGACUUUGGCUCGCUCAAAGCCUCGCCGACGCACAUCACGUCAAGAUCUCAAGCCCUCAAAAUCCAAGACGAAGCAGCAGAACAGAGCACGAUGCCGUAUAGAGCGCCCGAGUUGUACGAUCCCAAAACGGGAUCUGAAAUUGAUACGAAGGUGGACAUAUGGUCACUAGGCUGCACUCUGUAUGCCUGUUUUUUUGGGAAGUCUCCAUUUGAGGCUAGAUCAGAGGAAACAGGAGGCUCGUUGUCAUUAUGCAUUUUAGGCGGCGACUGGGCUUUCCCGGAUGAAAGUCCAGCUGACAAGAAGCGUGGAAAGCAGCGGGUUGUCGAAGAUUCGACUGCAUCCAAAAGCAGGGACGAUUUGGUGAUCUCCGAGCCCGUCAAGGACGUGAUUCGGCGGUGUCUGACUGUUGAGCCAUCCGCGCGACCAGACGUUGACGAGCUCAUUAAUAUCGUGGAACGCGUUGUUGCAGAUAUGCCAGAAGACGGAGAUGGGCCGUUAGACCUGGAGUGA